AUGGCGGGCUGUGGCGCCCCAGCAGCUCCUUCCAGCCGCACUUUUCCUAGAACUUUUCUUCUUUUUCCCCCUCAUGUUCUUCCAGGAAGCAUAACCCUGUUGAGCGAUUUGGUUGUGUGGCAAAAAACCAAUUAUAUUACUGUAACUCUUGAAGGUGACAGUGAUGGUAGCGUCGUUGAUACUGAUGAUACUGAUGAUGACAACGUUUCAAUGAUAGAAGAUUCUGAGAGAGCAGUUACUGAGAACAGAUUUUCCACUUAUAACAUGCUGACUAUGCAACCAAAUUUUCAAGGCAGCAGUGAUAACUAUCAGCAUCCAUCCCAAAUGUCAUAUGAAACCCUCCGAGUGGAGUCAGACGCUGUGACUGACGUCCGUGACCCUUUGAGAUCGUCAUCACACUUCAGUUUGCUUGCUAGCGAGAGCAAUGUACCUGAAGAUUCCUCUGAUGAAAAUUAUCUGAACCAUCUUACAGAGUUGGAACGCCAUUGCGAGGCUCAGGUUGGAGUACAGUGGUGCCAUCACAGCUCACUGCAGCCCUCACCUGCUGGGCUCCAGCGAUCCUUCCGCCUCAGCCUUCCAAGUAGCUGGAACAAUUUAGAAGAACUUAUUGAACACAUGAAUAGGCAGAUCGACCAGCUUUGUGAAGUUGUUUUAAGCAUUCAACGUUCUUGGAAUCAACCAUUGUUGCUAAAAUGUGUGAAUUGUAGUGCAUCAUUAUUAGUGGAAAGGCAAAAAACCCACACCCAGGCCAACCCUGAAGGAACAUCUCUUGGGUCAGCAGCAUACCCUGAACAGCAGCAAACAGACCACACAGAGAGUUUGCCACUUCCCAGAAUUAUCUCCACACAAUUAUUUCAGCCAUGCGCCACACAAGGCAGCUCAUAUCCUGAUCUCUAUACGCUAUCCUAUGUCAUUAACGAAGACGCUGGAAAUACCAAUGAUGUCAAUUCAUCUGCCGAAGCUACUGCAGCAGUGCCAAUAGCAGUUCUUCCACAAGGAGAACCCAAUCUGGCAAAUAACCCUGAUGUGGUGAAUUACUCAGCUGUACUUGUAAAUGAGGGUAUGGACCCAGAUACUACCUCAUCAUCUUUCUGCAUCCCUUUUGAUUUUGGAAUUUCCGAAAAUGCAGAAACCAGCCUUGAAAACAGCACUGAGGCAAGGAAUUACAUGACUUUACUGGGAAAUGACAGUGCCCAAAAUACUAACUAUUCAGCUGUCUUCAUCCCUCCCAAUAUUGACAUGCCAGAAAUAGCAGAAACCAAGGUGGAACACAACCUUGGUACAACAAAUGACCCAACUUUUUUGGGUAAUGACUGUGACCAAUGUGCUGCCUUUUCAUCUGCUGGUCUUCCACCUAAUGCUGGAAUUGAAAAGGUUAUACUUAUGGAACUGCCAGAAAAACUAGAAACCAAUCCAGAAGACAAUUCUCAGACAGUGUAUUUCCCAGUUGUAUUGGGAGAUAUCUGUAACCAAGAUACUGUCUCUUCAUCUCUUCCCAUCACUCCCAGUUUUGUAUUUGAAAAAGUUAUACUUAUAGAAGUGCCAGUAAACACGGACACCAAGCUGGAAAACAACCCUCAGACAACGAAUUGCUCAACUUUAUUGGUAAAUGACAGUGACCAAAAUGCUGUCUCUUCAUCUCUCUCUAUUCCUCCAAAUUUUGGCUAUCUUGGUGAUCCAAAAAGAAAUGUCAAGAUGCUUAAUACUCAUAUGCUGGCCGCACAAAAGAAGGCCAAACCUAACCACGCAGCCUGUUACUUGGUUCGUAUUUUGCUCUCCAAGGAAAUCCUGAUUUCCAACUCAGUGAAUGUCAAUUUGCAAGGCUACCAACUCCUAGAUCCAAACAAAAUGGCUGCAAUAAGAGAAUAUCUGGCAACAAUUUUUCCCACCUGUGAUUUGAGUGAAGAUGGAAAAGACUGGGAAGAGUGUUUGUCUGAUAUCAGUGCUCUGAUCCGAUAUUUAUGUUCUAAAGUCAAAAGAACUCCAAAAACUGUUGUCAAAAAUAAAGAACUUGCCAACCCUGGUACAUCAACGCCUGCAGAUUCCAAUGAUGAAAGGGGUGGAAAUGGCGGUGAAGGCAGUUCUCAGUUAUCUUUACAAACAAGUACCUCAGAAAUGAGAGAACAUGGGACUCUAGGGCAGAAUGGUAAUACUGUCCCUGAAGAAAUGAAAGAACCUGCCACUGAUAACUCACCAGAAGAAUCAUGGUGCUAUAUUGGAAAGCCAUUUAGAAAUAUACUGAUGCCAUACUCAGUACUGAAUAUAGCAAAAGCAAAGUCUCGCCCAGAGUUGUCCUCCAGAUAUCUUAUUCGCAACCUGUUCUCAGAGGAUGUCCUGAUCAGAAGUAACGUCUAUGGCAAUAUGAGACGUGGCCUGUGUGCCCUUAACUCCAAUAAGAUUCAUGCUCUCCGAGGUUUGUUACAUGUGGAGUAUACCAGAGCAAAUGAAAGCCAACUGUGUUUGAGAAGAAGGGCAAAAAUAGGAAUCUCUUCAGUCUGUUUAAAAAAAAUGUUUAGCACGAGUUUGACAUACCAUCCACAGUUUCUCCAAGACAUCUACCCGACUCGUGACUUCUCAGAAUGUGGGCAUGACUGGAAGUUGUGUGUGGCAGCCAUCAAUAGCUGUAUCCGUAGCCUUAGAUAUCACUUCAAGAACCCCAUAGUCAACUCAUAG